CGAGCAGCUAACGGUUAACAAAGAUCCAUGUGAUCCACCCCAGAUGAAUUAUGGAACAUGUAAAUAGCACUAAUACCAGACAACCGCACCAUCAGCACCAGCACGAGCAGUUGCAGCAGCACCAAUUCGAGCAGCAGCUGCAGCACAGCGAGAACCAGCAGCAGUUCUGCCUUCGAUGGCACAAUCACCAGACCAGUUUGCUGAGCACUUUGCCGGUGCUGCUGGACCAGUCGCAUCUGACGGAUGUGACCAUCUCGGCAGAGGGCCGCCAGUUGAGAGCACACCGCGUUGUUUUGAGCGCCUGCAGCAGCUUCUUCAUGGAGAUCUUCCGUGCGCUGGAGGCCAGUAGCCACCCCGUCAUCAUCAUACCGGGCGCCAGUUUUGCAGCCAUUGUGGCGCUGCUCACCUUCAUGUACUCUGGCGAGGUGAACGUUUACGAGGAGCAGAUACCCAUGCUGCUGAAUCUGGCCGAGACGCUGGGCAUCAAGGGACUGGCCGAUGUCCAGAACAACAACCUACCAAAGACAGCGCGAAGUGAAUCAGCCUCCUACAUGAAUCCGUCCAACGAGAAGUCGUCAGAGUUCGAGCGUCCUACUACGCCUUCGCCCACGCCCACACCCACACCAUCUCACACGCCCACACCUGCCCUGCCCCUACCCCUGUCCCAGAUGCCCAGUCCUGCUCUGACCACCCCUCUGUUGGCCAACAAGCUGGGGUCAGUGGGGUCUGCAGCCAUGGGCACGACGCCCCUGGAAAACCUUUUUAAGUCGCUCCAGUUCUACCCCAGCCUUUUGCCUCAGCCACUCAACUUCUCUCAAACGGCACUAAAUAAGACCUCGGAGCUACUGGCCAAAUACCAGCAGCAGUGCCAGCUUUAUCAAAGCGGGGUGCAGGAGGAUCUCCAGGAGGCAGACUGCUUCGCAGCCAAGCGACUCAAAGGCGAAAGUCCUCCCAAGGAGUUCAGGCGGCUGGAUAAGAGCCUGGCCAAGGCCCCGAAAAGUGCUUCAGCCAACAGCAGUAGCAAGUCCCCACCGGUGUCCGCCAUAAUGGCCGCCUCGCCAGUUACUCUCGCUCCCUCGGCAAUGGCUCACUUCUCCCCCCAGCUGCCGGUGGCCAAAUGCUCCUCGGUCAGUUACCCCAGCCCCGUGAGCCAAGGUCAACUGUAUAGCAACAAACCGCCGCUGUACAGUGUCGCUGCUACGCCCACGACAGCCCAGCAGGCGGCCCAGAUGCACCACCACCAGGUGCCGGCGGUCACGCCCUACAUUUCGCCUGAGGACCAUGCCAAACUGCAACUACACAUUGAGCAAUACCAGAGAGAGGCCGCUGCUGCAGUAGCCGCCGCCGGGGGAAUGGCCUUAGUCAGUGCGAAGUCGGAACCCAACCUGCUUUCGCUUGGCGCCGAUCGCGACAAGCCGCUGCCCCCCGCCGCCAUAAAGCCACCGUCCAACUCCAAACUCUACGCCACUUGCUUCAUCUGUCACAAGCAACUUAGCAACCAAUACAACCUACGCGUGCAUCUGGAGACCCAUCAGAAUGUGAGAUACGCGUGUAAUGUCUGCUCCCACGUGUCCCGCAGUAAGGAUGCCCUGAGGAAACACGUCAGCUACCGGCAUCCGGGAGCCCCGUCACCCUGUGAGAACGAGGCUAGGCGAAAGCGAGUCUCCAAGUUGACGGCAACUUCUGCGCAGGCAGCCACCACCAUGCCUGUGCCCGUCAGUCAUACAGUGACCAGCGGGGAAGUGGGUACAGCGACAACGACAGCGAUUGGGUGCCCUGGCCAUGAGGGACGAAAUCCAUACCUCUUCCUGCCCAAUCAGUUUCAGAUGGCGGCCGCCGCAGCCGCCGUGGCAGUUGCCGACUCCUCGCCACCCACUGGCCAGUCAUCAUUGGACUUGGUACCCGAGCCGCCGCCAGUCGUUAAGAACGAACGGGAAUUGUCGUCCGCCAGUAAUGGAGAAGCGACAGGCGUCGAGACCACAGCGGUGGCCACCUGAAGAAAAUAUUUGCUUCAAUAUCAACAUCAAUUUUUCAGUUCACCUCACUUACGCACCUACAAGGAACAUCCCCGCCCAUGCAGUAGUGUUGUCAAGCUCACAAUUGAGUGAAAGAGUUGGACCAACGACCUUAUAAUGGCAAGAAGCAUGAGGCCCAUACACAGCGAUAGCACAAAGUUGAAAGCACGAGCGUCGAAACGAAAAUUUCGACUGCAAAAAUAUCGUACGGCGUUACUCAUCUUGUUAUUAUAAGGUCCUUGGUCAUGCUGUGCCCAACACUGAAUCUAUUAGCCCCACCGAAACCAACGUCUUAGACCCGGCUGUGAUAAUUAGCGCAAUUCGUUUUCGUUUUCUACACUUACACAUGCGAGCGCCUUUCUAUCUUAAUUUAUAAUUAUACUUUUAGCACAAAUUUACGUUUGAUUUUGCCGAGCUCCAGCCUGCUUGAACCGACAAACGUCGAGAAGCCGGCGGUCGCAUUGUGCUCCUUAAACUGUAGCAACCUCCGAGGCUAUCGAACUGCAAGUUACAAUUACCUUUCGCUUUCACACGCCCACACAUUCUAGUAUACUAAGCAAAGUUUUAUAUAAAUAUUGUAAUUAUAUACACACCAGAACACGUACACACUUUUGCACACAAAAAGACAGGGUGAAAGCCUACGACACUAAAGUCCCAAGUUAAAAGGAAAUAAAUGUUUAAGACAGA